GGUGCCGGUGGGGACAAGGAUGCUGAGCUCCUGGGCGCUGGUGCUGGCGGUGCUGGGGGGGGCCUGUGCCCUCCCCGCCCCCGCUCCCCUCCCCUACACCCAGGCUCUGACUCAAGCCAUCGACUCCUACAACCAACGCCCCGACGUGCAGAACGUCUUCAGGCUGCUCAGCGCCGAGCCCGAGCCCGCCCCGGGUGUCGAGCUGAGCACCCUGAAAGCCCUCAACUUCAGCAUGAUGGAGACAGAAUGUGUCCCCGGCGACCACCUGAACCCCGACGACUGCGACUUCAAGGAGAAUGGGGUCAUCAAGGAGUGCUCAGGGCCGGUGAAACUCCUGCAGAGCUCCCCUGAGAUCGACCUGAGCUGCACCGACGCCUCCUCCAACCCGGUGCUGGUGCAACGCGGCCGCUUCGGGCGCUUCCUGCGCCGCAUCCGGCGCAUCCGGCCCUCCAUCAGCUGGAGCGUCCACGCUCGGGGCAAAGUGCGGUUGGGCUGA